CAGCUCAGAUUAGGUAGCUCAGUUGACUCCCCUGAAGUUGCUGCCCUUGUCUACUGUGAACUCUGUCCUGCAGUGGAGCGUGUCAUUGCUCAUGGAAUGAGAGAUUUUGAGGGUGGUAUGCAUUUAUUUGGGAAGGUGAAGCUCACUCCGUGGCGAGUAGCUGAGAUGACGGCAGAACUGGGU